AUGUGCGGCGAUUCUCUGCUGUGGAUUCCGAGUUGGGCUCAGGACGCAAUUUGGCCCGGCUUCGUAACGGCGGUGGACGAGUACGAUGGCGGAUUGAUGCUGAAUCUCGACGUCACGCAUCGCGUCCUAAUGCAGACGACUGUGUACGCGCACAUGAAGACAAUCGCAAUGUGCCGUGAUGCGCAGUUUCGGGACAAUGUGGUCAAGUCGCUGCUCGGAUCGGUCGUCCUAACGCGCUACAACAAAAAGACGUACCGGAUCGACGAUGUGCUGUUUGAUCUGAACCCAAUGUCCACGUUCCGUUAUGGCGAACGCGACAUUACAUACGUCGAGUACUACAAGCAGCAGUAUAGCAUCGACAUCCAUGACCAUCAGCAACCACUGUUGCUGAAUCGACAGGAGCGCAAGGUUGCCAACAAGGAAACGCCGCAGGAGCUAUCGAUCUGUUUGGUGCCGGAGCUCUGCUACCUAACCGGGCUGACUGACGAUAUGCGAAAGGAUUAUAAGGUAAUGCGCGAUAUUGCUACGUACACACGCAUCACGCCCAACCAGCGCCUUAUGGCGAUGCAAAAGUUUUGCGAAAACGUCAACCAAAACGAAGCGGCGCGCAAUCUGCUAGCGUCCUGGGGUUUGGAACUGAAGACCACACCGAAGGUUAUGUCCGGACGGCAGCUUCAGAUCGAAAACAUCACUUCGGGCGGUGGAACGGUUGGCAGUGCCGGUCCGAACGCUGACUUCACCCGUCAAGUUACCAACAAUCCGAUGCUGGAAAUUGUCCACCUCCGCAAGUGGCUGCUUGUGUACACGCAGCGUGACGAGCGGACGGCAUCGGCUUUUAUGGACUGUGUAAAGCGUACCUGCAAACUGCUCGGCAUGGAGAUCGUACAGCCACAGAUCGAGAUACUGCCGCAGGACAACACGCAGCUGUACAUUCAGGCGCUGCGCACCCGCAUCCAACCGGGGACGCAGAUCGUUCUCAUCAUCUGUCCGACGUCACGCGACGAUCGGUACGCGGCGAUCAAACGGCUGCUCUGCACGGAGGUACCGAUCCCAUCGCAGGUCGUCAACGCGCGCACACUCGCCAACGAUAAGCGCAAUCGAUCGAUCGUGCUGAUGAUUUUGCUGCAGAUGAACUGCAAGCUGGGUGGCACGCUGUGGAGCGUGAACAUACCGCUGAAGGAGACGAUGAUCUGUGGCAUUGACACGUACCACGAGGGAGUGAAGCGCACGAACUCGGUGUCCGCGUUCGUCGGAUCGCUGGAUGCGUCCUUCACGCACUGGUACUCGCGGGCCACGAUCCAGGAGCGCAAGGAAGAGCUGCUAAACGGUAUGUGCGUAUCGCUCGAGAAAACGCUGCAAGCCUACCGCAGACGCAACUGUACGCUGCCGCAGAAGAUCAUCAUAUUCCGCGACGGGGUGGCCGAUUCGAUGAUGAACGUAUGCGAAGAGUACGAGAUACCGCAGCUGGAGGCGGCCUGCAAGAAUAUAGCACCGGACUACACACCGAAAAUCACGUUCAUCGUGGUACAGAAGCGCAUCAUUACGCGGCUGUUCAGUAUGAGCGGAGAUGGGCUAGGGAAUGCUCCGGCUGGUAGCGUGCUCGAUCAUACCGUAACCCGCCGAUACAAGUACGACUUCUUCCUGGUCGCACAAGCCGUCAAGAUGGGCACGGUCACACCGACGCACUACAUUGUGCUGCGGGACGAUGCUCAAUUCUCGCCCGACAUUCUACAGCGGUUGAGCUACAAGAUGUGCUAUAUGUACUAUAAUUGGACGGGGACCAUUCGUGUGCCGGCCUGCUGUCAGUAUGCACACAAGCUGGCCUACCUGGUUGGACAAUCGGUCAAGCGUAUGCCGGCCGAAGCACUGAACGACAAGCUGUUCUACCUCUAGACAGGGGACACUCAUGUGCGGCGAUUCUCUGCUGUGGAUUCCGAGUUGGGCUCAGGUAGAGAACAAACGCGUUUGUUCGAUUUAAUCAAAACUUUUUACAUUAUCUUUCUGUUUUUUUUUUACUAACAUUUUUAAAAUGAUCAUCAAUUGGGAUGCAUUUGUAUGACAUUGUGUCACGAUUGCUGUGUUUGGUUGACCUGUGGUUCGUGGCAGGUUUGCCUAAUUAUUGAUAGCUACGAUCUCGCUAGAUUAACACGAUAUCGAACGCGAUUGACCCACAAUGGGUUCAAAAGGGAAAACAAUUUACAUACAUUGCACAUUAAUUGAAAUGCAAAUAAGUUCAUAUGAAAUCAUGUUGAAUGAAAUUCCAUAAACAAAACUUAACGUAUGUAUGAUUUUUCGCUAAAUUACUUUACUAAUUCCAUCGCUUCGUCUUUUAAGCUCAUCUGAUCUAUACAAAGCUAUCAGUCAAUGUGUGUAUCAUCCAUAUUCUUUUGCCGAAUUUUUCAUUUGUAGCUCUCUUGGUAACAGUUCUAACUACUUUAACAUCAUGAUAUGGGAAAAGAAUACCGUAUCAUGUUCCUUUUCUUCCAAACAUUGCCAAAAUGCUAUAAAACGGGUCAUCAGUUACAGUUUCUUUAGAUUGAAACCAGCAGCUGGCUUGAAAGGUGGAGCUUUAAGCUAUUUGAAUUUUUUUUUUGAUAAUAUUAUGUUUCGAUUCCAAAAUAUUUUGAUGUUUUUUUGUUUAAGUAAAAUGAAAAAAAAAUCUAAACAUAUCUGAUUGCAUUCACUAUGCAAUGUGAAUCUAAUGAACCAACGGAACAAAAUUUGAAUACUUUACCUUACUUUUGUGUAUCUUUGAAAAUUUAGAAUCUAGUUAUUAGUAUAGAGAUAAGAAAUACAAAGUUUAAGUUGUAUUGCCUUAUUCCAUCCGAAUGUUAAAUGUUUAACACUUUUGUCUAACGUUAUGAUUUAGAGGCGUUAACGUGACAUACUAAAUAAUCAGCAAUAGGAAGGAGAUGAAUGACAACACCGGUGUGAUAUCAAGUGCCAAAUUUAUCUCGUAAUAAAUAGAAUGCAUAUGACAAUAAAAAUAUAAAUACAUAAAUAGAAUGCAUAUAUAAUAUAAAAAGGAUACAAUUCUAGGUUAAACCUUCACGCAACUGCCAAAGACUGAUUAAUUAUCUGAUUUCCGAGGUUAUCCGAGGGCAGUGUAAAAAUAAAUCGUACAAAAAGUAA